CAGCGAAUCAAAUUUAAAUCUUAAUGAUGAUUAAUGAUGAUUUUAAAAAUAUUUAGACACCCCUGCAGAGCCCUGCGAAAGCUUAAAAUUCAUUGCUAACGAUUUUUCAAUUUCUUAUCAUUAAAAAUCAAUUGAGAUUGACUGUGAAUCAUACAAAACAAAACUAUUUAGUGCAUGAAUAAUGGAAAAAUCUAAGAAAAAGAAUGAAGACGAACAAGAUAUUUAUUUCGUUGAAAAAAUAUUAGACAAACAAGAAAUUGAUGGAGAAAUUUACUAUUUACUGAAGUGGGCUGAAUAUGAUAAUAGUCACAAUUCGUGGGAACCAUACGAAAAUAUUCUCAAUCUGGAACUUGUUGAAGAAUAUGAAAAACAACUUACGGCGAAAACAUCACAAAAAGAUUUGAUGACAUGUAAAGAAAAAGUGACGAGAAAAAGAAAGAGAACUAAGUCUCCAUACACAAAACCGGACAAGAAAGAAAUUCAAGCUCAAAUAGAACAAUUUAAGAAAACGAACUUUUCAUUCAGACAAGAACCUUGCAUUGUUGGUAUUCACAAGCCAAAAAAUUCUUCACAAUAUAAAUUUCUAGUCCGUUGGCCAGAUAAGGAAGCAGCUGAGUUAGUUCCACGAAAAAAAGCGAAUGAAUUCUGGCCUCAAACUGUAAUAAAUUUUUAUGCGCGCCAUAUAAAAAUGGAUCAACCAAAAAAAUAAUCCCAAGCUCAAAAAAUUAGACAAAAAUAAUUAAAGAUGAUUUAAAUGUUGAAGGCUUAGAUAGCUCUCUUUCAAACCUUACACUAAUUAAUUAGAUAAUUAUUCUCUUGUAUCAAUUAUUUAACUUUCCCUUAAAAUGAUUAACCUUUAUAACAAUUCCUUCAAUAUGUGUAAUGUUUCUAAUUCUUCCUUUGUAAUUAAACAUUUUAAGCAAUAUACUUAAUGAUUUGAUAGAAACAUAA